AUGGCACUCCCAAGCCAAAACUCCUCUCCUGUCAAGCUACCGGAAACCUUAAACGGAGUCCACGCCGAACAAGCUAUACUUACACCAACGCACACAGAUCGGUGUCGCCGUUGUCGAUCCGUUAGCGACAAACACAGUACGCGACGUGGGAACGCCGCGUCUGGGAUCUCUGGUGCGGACGGUCUUGGACGACGUGAAGAUGGUGCAUCACAGAUUGGUCUGCCAGCGGGACAGGUGGUCGAUGGGGUGCUACGGGGGAAUCUGGCGGCAUCUACAAGGCAAAAUUCUAGGAAUGAAGACAGUGAUGAUAGUGGUAGUGUCACUAGAGGGAUGAAGGGUGAUUUACAUGGUCUGGGCGCCGGGCGAGCGGCAGAUCUAAAUAUGAAGAACGACAGGGGUGCGGGCGGCACGGUGGAGCAGCAAGGACGCGCCUGGAAUCGGGAUCCAGGAAGGAAAUUAUCGAGCAGAGUGAUGGAUUCUGAUCGAGGAGCGGAGAGACAUAUCAAUGGCCUGGGUAUAAAGGCUGGUGGAGAGGACGCGAAGGGCGUAGAGCUGGGUCGCGCGGACAUGCAGAACGCGCCGGUCAGAGGCCAGGAGGAAUUCCCUCCACCGAGCGAUGACAAGCUGCAACCUCUCACUCGAGUCGGAGAAAAUGCCUCUUCGGAUGCUACUCCGAAUCUGCGGGGGAAAAGCACCGAAAGUAUCGCAGAGAAUACGACUUCGAAUGGCGCUGCGUCUCCCCCGGAAAGGCCAGCUGUCCAGAUUGAAAAUUCCGCCGCGGUUGGUCCGGAACCCCCGACGACGACGACGACAGCAUCAACCAAGCAUCCUCUUCGUGACAGUGUUGGCUCACCUAGUUCUCGUCCGCGAAGUCAGACUCUUAAAUUAUCCUCUGAGAAGAUCCGCGAGCUUACCUCUGCACCCGACUCGUUAUGCUUGCGUUCCGUUCCUGCGGACAUCGAUCACAGAGCAUCGAGAGUUACCUCCGUCGGCGAACGAGGGCCAGUGCAAGUCCCUUGGGCAGAGAGCGAAGAUGGUGAUAGGUUCAAUACGGACACAGAUAAUACAAACAUGGGGCUAGCUCUAAAUGGAAAAGGAGCAACACAGAAUGGCAGUGUGCGAAGAGAGAGUGGCAGUCUUCGCCAGAGAAAACCAGGAACUUCGAAGCAACGUUAUGCUGAGCAGGCCUCCGAUCAUUCUGUACAGAGCUCGCAGGAGCAGCAUUCCUUCGGCCGACAGCGGUCGCAGACGGCAAGGAUAGCAUCGACACCGAGUUCCUCCUCGCACCGUUUGCAUUCUCCUUUUGGAGUUGAUCGCCAGUCGAAUAAUUGGAUGUCGAAAUCUAGGACGGAUCGUCGUGCGCCCGGUCGUUUGAAUUUAGAGGAUCCCGUUAGGUGCGGACAGUCCGCUGCUGAGCCGCCGUCGCCGGUGCCAGCGGCAAUACCGCUCCCGCCGUUCUCUAUACCUACUUAUCUCCAACUGGAGCUAUCCUCUGAACGCCCAUCCCCUUUGUAUAUCCACCAGUCUCGCACCAAGGACUUCCCAUACGAGUCGUCUCGCGUGAAGCUCGAGCGUCUCCAGAACUUUCUCCUCCUCCCUCCAUCUGUUGAACAAGUUCUGCUUUUCGGAACACUAGCGUGCCUUGAUUCAUGGCUUUAUUCCUUUACAAUACUGCCAUUGCGAUUCUGCAAGUCGAUACUUAUUCUUUCCCAGUCAUGGGCUGUCAACCUGGGAUUGGAAGCACAAUAUAUAUCCUCCUUUAUCGUUCAGGGACUCGGAAGGGUCUGGAGAAGAAGGAAACGCAGUCGCUCCACCGAUAAGAGGUGCAAGCCUGGAUGCGAUGGUGAUUAUGACUCCCUUCGUGUGAAGGAAGCAACAUCAAGCGCUAUCUCAUCUCCAGUGGAUGACAAUCCUUUCCAAGGGCAGGAUGUGAAGAGUCGCAUGGACGAUAUCCAACGCCGCAUGCAUCGUCACCGCAGAUCAAAAUCCGUUCCGUCUGCUUUGCAGCCGAACGACAAGGCAGACAUCCUCAAAGGCUUGCUCAUGAUAUUCACUUGUACCAUUCUCUUGUAUUUUGACGCCAGUCGGAUGUAUCAUUGGAUUCGCGGUCAAGCCGCGAUCAAGCUAUAUGUUAUCUAUAACGUCCUGGAGGUCGGGGACCGACUUUUCUCGGCUAUUGGCCAGGACGUCCUUGAAUGUUUGUUUUCCCGGGAAGCGCUGGAGCGUGGGCCGGACGGCCGCAGUAAGGUCCUCCGGCCCUUCUGGCUGUUUAUUUUAGCUCUGUUCUACACUGUGAUACACUCAACCGCGCUUUUCUACCAAGUAAUGACGCUGAACGUCGCCGUCAACUCAUAUUCAAAUGCCUUGAUCACGUUACUUUUAUCAAAUCAGUUUGUGGAGAUCAAGUCUACCGUCUUCAAGAAGUUUGAAAAGGAAAAUCUUUUCCAGCUCACAUGUGCUGAUGUGGUAGAGCGAUUCCAGCUAUGGCUGAUGCUGAUUAUAAUCGCAUCAAGGAACUUUGUCGAAACCGGGGCUGUCACGUUUGGAAACGCCCUGGCUCCAUUUUCUAAACCCAGUCCGACCCCAAGCACUAACAGCACCCCUCCGGCCAGCCCUCCAAUGUCGGCCACUUCUAUCCUUCCGCAGUCAUUUACUCUCUUUCCAUCGUCGAUCUUCUUAUCUCUUAGCAGCGUGAAUUCUUUCCUUCCUACGAUAGGCCAUGUGCUAGGUCCGUUCUUAGUCGUCCUCGGUUCAGAAAUGCUGGUGGACUGGCUCAAACACGCAUACAUUAACAAGUUCAAUAAUGUUCGACCUUCUAUAUACGGUCGAUUUCUCGAUAUCCUCACAAAGGACUACUAUACAAACGCAUUUGCCGACCAGAACCUAAACCGUCGUUUAGGGUUGCCUAUUAUCCCUCUUUCCUGUCUUUUUUUCCGUGUCUCGAUCCAAACAUACCAGAUGUUUUUAACGGCAUGGCUUCCUCAAUCACCAUCUCUCACGACACAAUCAAAUACUACAUCCCUCUCCUCGAUACAUAGCCAUUAUUCCUCAACUUCGACGGCUAAUUUACCUUCCUCGUUUCCCCUACCAACGUCCUUAAGCCAGAUAGGCACCAUCCUGGAAACCGUAAUGUCACAUACCAUGCCAUCACCUGCCACGUUUAUACCCGUCUUCACAGUUAUCCUCGUACUACUCCUCUACGUGACUCUUCUCCUUGUCAAAUUAAUCCUGGGAAUGACUCUACUCAGCUUCUCCCGAGCAAGAUAUAAGCGGAUGAAGCUCCAUGAAAGAGAGAUGCUACACCAGCAACAGAAGCAGACAUCGUCUCAGGGCACUUCGAUUCUCGCUAGCCAAACACAGCUUCUGAGUCCACCGCCCGAUUCCGCACCGCCUUCAUUCUCGAUUUAUGCAAACUCUAAGCCGGACCCGACCGGUGACACUGUGGAAGGCAGUCGUCGGGUUGGAGGCUGGGGAGCGGUCGAAGUUGGUGAGGGCAGGAGGAGGUGGAUCUACGCUGACGAUCCGGAGGCGUUGAGGAAGUUAAAGGAACGGGAAGAAAGAGAUACCAAUAAGGCAGCGAAGAGUGUUGGUGGGUUACAUGGAAUUGGAAAUAUACGGAGGUAUGAGAUGGUUGCCAAACGGAUUUGGUGA